CGGCGGGCCCGGGAGGAGAGGCGCGGAGGGGAGCGGAGCUAUGCUAAACCCGGGGUACCGCUGAGGCGGGGCGGGCCAGGCCAGAGGCGGGGGCUCUCCGGCGGCGGGCGCGCAGGGGCCCGGCUCCCGAGGCGGCGGCAGGCAGCAUCUCGGCGCGGGGAGCGGCUCCGCAGCCACCGGGCCAAUGAACAUGUCAGUGUUGACUUUGCAGGAAUACGAAUUCGAGAAGCAGUUCAACGAGCAUGCGGCCAUCCAGUGGAUGCAGGAGAACUGGAAGAAAUCAUUCUUGUUUUCAGCUCUGUACGCUGCCUUUAUAUUUGGUGGUCGGCACCUAAUGAACAAACGAGCAAAAUUUGAACUGAGGAAGCCUCUAGUGCUCUGGUCUUUGAGCCUCGCCGUCUUCAGUAUAUUCGGUGCUGUUCGAACUGGUGCUUAUAUGCUGUACAUUUUGAUGACCAAAGGCCUGAAACAGUCAGUGUGUGACCAGAGUUUUUACAUUGGACCUGUCAGCAAAUUCUGGGCAUAUGCAUUUGUGCUAAGCAAAGCACCCGAACUAGGUGAUACAAUAUUCAUUAUUCUUAGGAAGCAGAAGCUCAUCUUCUUACACUGGUACCAUCACAUUACUGUGUUACUUUACUCUUGGUACUCCUACAAGGACAUGGUGGCUGGCGGGGGCUGGUUCAUGACCAUGAACUAUGGAGUGCACGCCGUCAUGUACUCGUACUAUGCCUUGCGGGCUGCCGGCUUCAGGGUCUCGCGCAAGUUCGCCAUGUUCAUCACCCUGUCGCAGAUCACUCAGAUGUUGAUCGGUUGCGUGAUCAAUUACCUGGUCUUCUCCUGGAUGCAGCAUGGCCAGUGCCAUUCCCACGUGCAGAACAUCAUCUGGUCCUCUCUCAUGUACCUCAGCUACUUUGUGCUCUUCUGCCAUUUUUUCUUUGAGGCCUAUAUCGGCAAAACCAGAAAAGAAAGGAAGGUUGACUAGAGGUAGAAACGAGAAGCCAUAGCUCAGGGUCAUCAAGAAAAACAAAAUUAUAAGAAAAAAAAAAAAGGCACAAGGAAACACAUAUAUGUAUGGUGCAGCUAAAACUUGGCAGCUUAGGGAAAGUUAGCAUGGUUUAACCCAGUAAGUUUAUGAUCCUAUCAUGGUGAGGACUCACUGAAUUCUACUCUAUCUCAAAGGACUGCUGAUGAAAGGCAACUUCCUUCUUGUACCUCUCUGCUCUAGAAAAGAAGGAAAAAAGAAGAGAAAAAUCAAGAAAAAGAAAGAAAAAAAGAGAGAAGAAAAGAGAAAUGGAAUAAUGUUAAGGGGGGAGAAAAAAGUACAUUUAAUAAGCAGUGAGUUUCCCCAAGGUGGAGUAGAGACUUUUAUUUAAAAAAAGAAAAAAGGUUUCUAAAUCCUUUCUAAUAAUUUCUCUGCAUUAAACAAACAAACAAAAAAAAGCAGAGGUGACAAAAAAAUCUGUCUAUAAUAACACCAGGAUUGCAGAAUUAAAAUCUUUUCCAUAGAAGGUUAAUACCUUCAGCCAAAAUGAAGCCCAAAAAGAUGUUUCCUGCAUGGAAACUGGCUGAACUCCACACUGUGGUUAUGUAUGGAAGAGAUUGAUUUCUCUGCUAUGUACUCUGCCAGGAGAGCAGAUCUGGGAUACAGAGUGACCUCCCUCAGAAGGUGGAAAGGAGCAGUAUUACAAGAGUUUAAUGUGAAAAGAUGCACUGUUGCAAUACAUAUCUCAGAGAGUGCAUUUCCAAGUGCAUUUUUCAGUUAAAGGCAAGGAAUUUCUGCAGCAGGAUAAGUCAUAGAGGGUUAAAUCAAUCAAUAUUUGCUAAAUAACCAGGGGCUAAUAGCGGAGGGAUAUUAAGAAAGGAGAGGGAGACAGCUCCCCUCGCAAGAUUUUUAGGAAUUAUCCAUUGCUCUUAAUUUAGCCCGCAGCAACACCAAAUUAAAUCGGGGAAAUCGGGAGAAAUCACAGUUAGCAAGAAGAGAGUGAUUUAUCUGCCCACUGUUUUCAGAACAGAGCCCUGUGGUACAGUCUGGAUUCUGUGUUUUUGCAGACACUAGAAUGCCUGCCUGAGUUGGGAGAGGUGGCAGGACUGUGUGACAUUGGGUAUCACUGUGCUUCUGCAUCUGCCUCCUGGGCAGUGCAAAGAUGUUCAAAGUGCCCUCCUCUGGUCAUGUGGAGAUACUACUACAAAACAUACCUGGAAUAGGUUUUUCUUGAAAUUUGUGUAGAAAAGAAUUAGUCUAAAUCAAGUAAUUUUGCUGCAACAGCUUGACUCUAAAGUCCAGAGAGAGUAAUCUUUCAUUAAAUAAAUAUAUCUCUGCAGAAUCUGUACUGUAACAUCAGACUGACUGCUUAAGAAGACACUCUUUCUUCUCUGAAGUCAGCUACAGAUACAAAGAGAAAUGUAUUUCACUCUGAACCUUAGAGAGUUAGUUGAGAACAGCCAUAUUCUUUCAAAGACAAGUAGAUUGCAUUAUAUGUGAUAUUCCAGUCCUUACAAAGCCAAAUAAAAUGUGUAAAAGUUCCUAGUAUUUCAAAGACGCAAGUAUGUAAACUUGAUGUUAAAUGUGUUAAUGUAGUAUUCUAAAUUGUAACAGCUAGGUAGUUUAACUAAACAAUUAGAAGAACUAGAUCAACAAAAUAGGGACUGCUGUUCUGCAUAGAAUAUACACACACCUAUAACUACACCCAUAUCCACAUUCUGUGAAUUGUCAACAAGAAAAAACAGCCCAGUGGCAGAGAAUCACAUUUCCUGGCUAAUGCAAAAGAUUGUCAUUAUCUUUCUUGCUUUAAUUUGAGAUUGUACAGUACAAAGGGUUUUUUUAAUUAUGAUUUUUAGCUUUAAUUGUGCUGUCAUUCAUGAAACGGAGCUGCUUUAGUAUCCUGUUAAGAGAUGACAAGGGCUUUCGGUGUCUCAUUAUAUACAAAAGAAAAACAAAUAAAGUUACAUUCCAUAUUA